UAGAUAGCGCCAUAUAAAGAAUAUGAGAAGCAUGUAUUUGAGAAGAUGUCGAAACGUCGUAAGAUGCCGCGGUUUUGCAAUAUUCAGAAAGAGUUACAGCACCGGCAGCACUGCUCCCGCAUACACAAGCGAUUUGCCGACCCACGCCAAGGUUGUGAUAUGUGGUGGUGGAGUAAUGGGAACAUCGGUUGCUUUUCAACUGGCCAAGCUCGGUUUGACAGAUGUUGUCCUUUUGGAAAAGGGGAGACUAUCGUGUGGAGUGACGUGGAUGGCCUCUGGCAUAGUAGGGUGUCUCCGCAGAGCAGCAGAAAGACAACUGUGUCAGAUAAGUGUAGACCUAUACAGGUCCCUGCAGGACGAAGGUCAUGAUAUCGGCUGGAUGCAGUCAGGCAGCAUUAACUUGGCCAGGACAGAAAACCGCAUGGUGUCACUCCGACGUCUAGUGGCUCAAGCCAAGGUGCAAAAGUUGAACUGUGAUUUUAUCACGACUGAUGAAGUCAAGACCAUGGUACCACUGAUGAAAGUCAAUGAUCUAAAGGGUGCUGCGUUAGUUCCCGGUGAUGGCGUUGUGAAUCCUAUUAAACUCUGCCACACGAUGGCGACACUAGCUGCUGAGAAAGGUGUGACCAUCAUAGAGAAAGUGAAAGUGGAGGAGGUUCUAACAGAGUCGAAGCGAGUGAAAGGCGUGCGCACAAGCAAGGGCGUCAUCAACUGUGAAUUCUUUGUCAACUGUGCUGGUCAGUGGGCCAGAGACCUGGGUUUAAAGAGCAAGGAUUCUGUGAGAGUACCAGUGCAUUCCGUGGAGCACGCAGCCGUGACUACCAAGCCUAUCCCUGGCAUGGAUACCGUGUCUGCUGUGAUCAGGGAUUACGACGGAGGGAUUCAGUUUCAGCCGCUCGCAGGAGGCGGUCUGCUCAUCAAGGGUUACGAAUCCAACGCGCGGCCUGUGUUUACCGAGGGCAUUCCAGAGGACUUUGAAUUCCGGGUUCUCCCGGAAGACUGGGAGGGCUGCGGUUACCUGCUUCGGAGGCUUCGAUACAGGUUUCCGAACAGCGACCCGCAGCCUGCGCUGCACAUGGUGAACGGACCCGAGUCGUUCACGCCCGACGGCACGUGGAUACUCGGCGAAGCACCCGAGGUGGACAACUACUACGUGGCAGCUGGAUUCUGUGAUAUGGGUGUGGCAGCGGCGGGUGGGGUUGGCCGCGCCCUGGCCGAGCGAAUCCUUGGCAUUGAGGGACGGCUCAUGACCGACCUGUGGGCACUGGAGAUCCAGCGAUUCUUCGAGGGACACAACAUCAAGGCGUUUCUGAAGGACAGGAUUCCUGAGAUUGUUGGCCGACACUACAAGAUCACGUACCCGUACAACGAGUAUGAGACCGGUCGCGGGGUGAGGACCUCUCCGCUCUACCCGAUACUGUACAAGAACGGUGGCAUGUUUUCGACGAAGAUGGGUUACGAGCGCCCCUUAUGGUUCAGUGACGAUGAAGGUAAGAGGAGCGCGACCAUCGCGGCGCGGCACUUCUCACCGUUCUCCUCCAUGCGCCCACGAGCUGCAGUCGUUCUCGGUAGCCGCCGUGGUGAUAAGCAGACCCCUGUGACGAUGGUGCCCACCGCGCACGUCCACGUCGUUAGCACACAGACUCACCACAGUUUCGACUUGGCAAGAGACGACAUGUCGACGACACAGACACCCUCGCGACAAGCUGCAUAUUCCACCGAUACGUCGUCAAACCACGCUGGCUUACCAAACGUCUCCUGUAUUGCGAUGCACGUGUACCACGCGCUGAUGUCAACAGGGCGCGAUUACGGCAUGAUCAACGCUGGCUACCAAGCAAUCAGGUUCCUGCGCAUUGAGAAGUUCCACGUGUCAUGGGGCGAAGAUUUCGACCGGUGGACCACACCCAUCGAAUGUGGCACGGCGUUCAGGGUCAAAUUCCAGUCUAAGGGAGCAGAGGUCGUGAACCUGCUUCAGUACCUGUGUGCUAACGACGUGGACGUGCCGGUGGGCACCAUUGUUCACACGGGUCUGCUUAAUCACCAUGGCGGCUACGAGAACGACUGCAGCCUCGUGCGCAUGGAGGAGAACCGUUACUUCAUGGUGUCGCCGACGUCGCAGUACACGCACGCGUGGGAGUGGAUCACGCGACACCUGCCCGAAGACGGAUCUGUGCAGAUGAGCAACGUGUCGUCCAAAUACGUCGUCAUGAACCUCAUCGGACCGAAGUCGGUUGACGUCCUGCGACUUCUGAGCGACGCCAACGUUGACAACUUCCCGUACUUCACGAGUCAGUUGAUCAAUCUUGGCCAGAGCGGUGGUGUGAAAGCCUUACACAUGACGCACUCUGGUGAACCAGGCUGGACUCUCUACGUUCCAACAGAGGACUCAUUGUCGAUGCGGCUAAGCAUUGAGAAGUUCCACGUUGCAUGGUGCGCGAUCUUCGACCGGUUGAGACCACAGCCCGAUCGAUGUGGCCACGGCGUUCAGGAGUCAAAUUCCAGCUCGACCGUCAUGACAGUUGACACUGACUCUGGCCUGGGGGGUAAGUACGUUGGCCUCACGCGCAGCACUUGCUACGGUUUCACGCUGAAACGCACGGUCUGCAUUGGCGCCGUGCACGACUUCGACCCGGACACACGCAACCGCCGAAUCUUCGACGUCGGUUUCAUCACGGAUCCCGCCGCAAAGUUCGAGGUGGAGAUUGCGGGGAAGAGGUUCCGCGCGUUCCCGCACGUUCACCCGCCGCGCGUUCCCGCGAUCGCGACGGAGCUGGGAACCAAGUACAAGUACAAGCCGACCGUCGUGACGACGUCGCGUACGUCGUCGCUGUAGACGCGAGCGAGUCGCUGUAGACAGGAGUGAGUCAGUGCAUUGAUUGAUGAGGAUGUCCAGGGGAGGAGGGAGGG